AACUUUGUUAAUGAUCUGACUGCUGAGCUAAGAAAAGCAUUUCCACAACAAGAGAGAAUAAUUGGUGGAUCAAUAACCAAUAUCAAUACAUACCCAUUCUCCGCAGCUCUCUUAUUCUCAAGAAACAAUAUAGGAUUCCGCCAAAACUGCGGUGGUACCAUUAUAAACAACAGAUCUGUUCUCACAGCUGCUCACUGUAUUAAUGGUUCCAGUGGCAAUCACCGUGUUCGAGUCGGGUCAACCAAUGCCAGUAGCGGCGGCAGGGUUCACAAUGGUGGUCAACGUCUCAUACACCCUCAAUAUAACCAAGGAACGAUGGACAACGACAUCGGUUUGAUGAGAGUGACAUCGGCGUUCCAGUUUGGAACCACUGUACGAGCUGCAGCCAUUAUUGGACAAAAUGGGCAUGUCCCAGACAACGUACUUGUUUGGGCUAUCGGAUGGGGAUGGACAACAGCUGGUGGACACAAUCCGUCAGAGCAACUACGCCAUGUACAAAUCCGAACAGUACCCAUACCUAGAUGUCAGACUGCUUAUCCCGCAUUCCGUAUUACUGCAGGGAUGAUAUGCGCCGCCUGGGACUCACCAGGGCGCGGCUCAUGCCAGGGCGACUCCGGCUCGCCUAUUAUCUACAAUAAUGUUGUCAUAGGCGCCACUAGUUUUGGUUUACAUUGUGCUAAUCCACAGUUCCCUACAGUAUACGCCAGGGUUUCUCACUUUACCAACUGGAUAAGAAGCAAUGCUUAAGAAUUACAAUUGAAUCCUUUACUGUUAUAUUUUACCCUUAGCUUCCAAUGUCAAGUUUUUUAA